AUGUCCUUCUGCAUGAACAACAUCGCGGUGGAGAUCGCGCUGGCCACGCCCCUCAUCGAGCGCGUCACCGGCGUCGCGCCCGACCACACGCAGCUCCUGCUCACCUUCGUCUUCAUCAACCUCUGCUUCUUCUUCGGUCCCUUCUACAGCAGGGUGUCCGGCGGAGCGUGCAACAACCCGACGGUGUACUUCCUCUUCUGGCUCCUCGGCGAGAUACCCGGGGGCGCGGCGGCCGUCGGGUUCGUGUGCACCAUCGUCGGCACCGCGGUCGGGACGAUCGCGUACGGAUUACUGCUCGACGCGCUUCCGAUGGCCGGGUACGCGGGCAUCAACGCGGUGAAGGCUGCCGCCGGGCCGGUGCACGGCGCUUUGGCGGAGGCGGCGGUCGCCUUCACCAACUUCCUCUUCGCGGGUGCGAUCCAGCCCAUGUUCGGCGACGUCAUGGCACCGUACGCCGGCGCGUUCUUCUACGUGCUCACCGUCAUGGUGGAGCGAUGCGAGUACUCGUGCGGAUUCAUGAACCCGGCGGUGGUGUUGGCGACGCACGCGUGGGACGGGGACCUGACGUCUAAAGCGUCGGUGAUGGAGUGCGCGACGUACUUCAUCGGCGCGAUGGGUGGAGCCGCGGCGGUGGCGGGGGUGAACGCGCUGGCCAAGCCGAGGAAGGCGGCGGGUGCGGAGAAGAAGAAAGAGCUCUGA